AUAGUUCUCCGUUCUUUUCUUUUUUGAUACCUCAGAGAAUGUCGGGAUCCACAGAUGACACGAUGAUUACACCGGAAGAAGCCUUUGACUUCGUGCGUGAUGCCCUGUGCAUCCCUGCGCCGUCCACCAAGUUCGAGGCGAGUCCAAAGGACUUUCUUCAAGAUCCUUCGAGCGUAUUUCCAUCACAUCCCGUUCCAGAACCUCAAAAAUAUUGCCACGCCCCACCGCAAGAGACAUGUUCCUACCGUAGCCGAGAUCAAGCAGGAUAUUCUUACCGAUAAGAUAGGCGGACUUUGUUACCAACAGAAUGUCUUCUUCUAUCUCCUCCUCCAAGCUUUGGGUUUUGAUGUCACGCUUAUCGCUUGCGACAUCGAAGAACCCAGCGACCAUGCCGCCGUAAUCGUCCACAAUUUGACAAGUGAGGGCAGCAGGCAUUACGCCGACGUCGGGAACGGGAAUCCGUAUUUUUGCGCAGUUCCCUUCGACUUCAAGGACGAGUCACCUGUGUACCACGAGUCCUUCCUGCGUUUCAAGUUUUCCCGCCAAGAUGACGUCAUAUUUUGUUUGCAUCAAGUCGACGGUCACCCGGCCAAGCAGACCAUGGAAACCUUUCCUGUCACCGAUGGUUGGUACCGAUUUAUCCGCAUUAAUUUCAAGAAAGGUGUCGAGGUAGCCCACUUUAAACCCAGCAUGACACCCAGAUAUGUCAGCAUUGAUGAUAUGCCUAGACAUUUCUUUCUAACCAGCCUCAAAUGCAUGGCGUUUCCUGACGGUCGCUUUGUUUGUAUCAAUAACACUACUCUAUUAAUAGAGAAUGAGCCUGGAUGCAUUUCGAAGUCCUAUUUCAGGUCUCGUAAAGAGAUCAAAGAGGCGUUUACCAAAUAUUUCCCUCAGAUUUCACAGUCAAUGCUGGACGAAGCCAUGAAUGAUGAUUAUGUCAAGUUAGAUUACAAAAAGGGGAUUUUGUAAAUACGUCAUUAAAUCUGCUUAUGAUUUUUGUUUUUAUUAAUUAUUAAAUCAUAGAGAGAGAGAGAGAA